GCUCAAAUUGAAUCACACGUGUGUUUGUAUGAGAAAUUAAGAAUUUUGAAUGAUAAGCUAAUUUUAAAACCAAAUGACAUACUUAAACUAUUCUAUUUAUUUAAAAUGAUUAUUUUAUACGUUUCAAUAUUGUUUAAUAUAAUGAUAAACAUUUUUACUAAACAUGUCGUUUGUAUUGGACUCGAUGAAAUUGACGCGGAAGAAUUCGGUUAUAUAUCAAGUAUAGCAGUGCAUAAAUCGAGAGCUUUCUUGGCUCUACCGCGAAGUGUAUGUUUUAAUAAAAUAAGUGAUCCAACUUUGAUUGAAACUUACUGGGACGAAGGUUAUCAGUAUAUUUUUAGUCGAUUUUUGCAAAAAGUUAAAAAACCUAAAAUAAUAUCUUCUCAAACAUGGGGCGAUUGCUUUUCAAUCCAAGAUGCAAUAUACCUGAGUAUGGAACCUCUAAUACCGAAACUAUGGAUUCUAGAUAGGGGUAAUGAUGAUUGUAGUCCGAAAAUAUUGUCCUAUCAUACAAUUUUUAACCUCAUAUCAGAUAAAACAGAACUUACAACUAUAAGAGGAAGAAAUUUGAAUUCUAUGGUGAUUGAUCCAAUUUUCGAAAAGAAUUUUGGACAUAGGGCUUACAUAGGACAAACAGAUGAGAAUUUUCUAAUCGUUUUCUGUUUGAAAACAUUGAUUUGGUGGAAAGUUCACCUAACAGAAAGCAGUAAUCCUUUUAUGGUAGUGAAUACAAAUUUUUUGGAGAUUUCUAAAACUAGUUCGAACUUGUUUUUAACUGGAAACGAACGAGAAGACUUAUUCAGUUUAAAUCUGGAACAGUUAAGACACUUACCACUCGUCGAAACUGAGGGGGACUCAUUGAUUUUAAAUGUUACUUUGCUUGGGCAGAAACUGGGAGCUUCAACGGGGAUAGUAUCAGAUCUAGACGGUGGAUUAAUUUAUUUCAUGAAGAGAUUUCAUGCCAUAUUAAGAUGGAAUACAGAGUUUCCUAUUGUUGCCGAACACCACACAGUAUUGGCGCAAUCGUUUCAAAAGUUUCCAUAUAUUUCUGGUUUCUUUACAGAUUCUGAUGAUGGUAUUUGGGCUAUCGUGAAUUCGGGAAAUCCGAACGAUUGUAACAACCUUACUAAAAACUUGGAGUUACCGGUGGAAUUGAAAAAUAGAACUGUUAGAAUAAUUAAAUACAGUAAAUCUGAUGAAGAGAUAACAUUUGAUGUCUGACAUGGAAAAAUGUGUAGCUAGAUAUUUGAUCUAUAAGAAAUGUUGAAUAUUUUAACCUAAUCAUUAUUUUCAUUGAAUAAAAUAUAUUUGUA